AUGGAAGCAUUUCCGCGUUCUCUGACCUCCUAUACCAUGGCUCCCCUUGACCAGACGUACACUUGGGAGCAGCUUUGGGAGCUGGAACAACACUUCAAAAUGGAACCAUACCCAGACCUCCAGGAUCGAAAAGUCAUGGCCACCAGACUCAAACUGAAGGAGGAACAGGUUGAGGCUUGGUUCAUCCAGCGAUCCUUGGAGCAGGAGAUGCGCCCUCCCAGACUGCAGCAGUCUGCCCGGGACGAUACCUCUUCUGCUACCCACAAAGCCCUCUGCUGCCAGCCGCCAAGCUGGAAGUACAGGCUCGUUCCCAUCAACCCCCCGGAGUCCUCAACCAGCUGCAGGCACAUCCACACGGUUAAUGUAUCUGCAUACAUCUCGAGGCAGUUAAAGGAGCUACAAAAGGACCCUGAGGAGACUUUUGAGGCCUUGGAUGAUGCAAUCCAUCAGGCACGAGAAGCGAUCGGGUGCUGGCUCUCCAUGAGGAUGAUUCGCAAGAGACAGACUAUAUCUACGACCCAGAAGAAUUUCAAAAUGUGCUGUUACCGCUGUUUACAAAAAAGGUCCAUCAGGCAGGACCCCAAGGAGUCCCCUCAAAAUGACCCUGGACUCCCCGAAGCUUUGGAAGCCUUGAGGAAUCUCAAGCUCUCUUCUGGGUACCAAAGCAGAGAUGACACAUUAUAGGGUUUCUGACCUUUCAACUUCCUUGUUGGGGUAGGGAUCUAUU